AUGACAAAUUAUAUUAUGAUGGCGCAGCCCAUCCUGGCGUUCUUGCCAGAGGUGGCACGCCCACGCCGUAUUCCCCCAAUCAAGGAACGUAUUAUGUGGACUGCAGUGGCACUCUUCAUAUUUCUUAUUUGCUGUCAGGUACCUGUAUAUGGUGCUCGACCAGGGCAGACAAGCGAUCCCUUUUACUGGAUGCGUGUGGUACUGGCCAGCAACAAGGGAACACUUAUGGAGCUUGGUAUUUCUCCCAUUGUCACAGCCUCACUCAUUCUGGAGUUACUCGCUGGUUUGAAAAUUAUAAGCUAUGAUGUGGACAACAAGCAAGAGCGUGCAGUGUUUGAAGGAAUACAGAAGGUUGCAGCUUUGCUUAUCACUGUUGUUGAGGCUAUAGCAUAUGUUUCCUCUGGUAUGUAUGGAGAUGUGCGGGAAAUUGGACUGUUUGUCUGCGGUCUCAUUGUUCUUCAACUUGUAACUGCCACCCUCAUUUGUAUUCUUCUUGAUGAAUUGCUGCAGAAGGGAUGGGGUCUCGGUGCGGGUACUUCACUUUUCAUAGCCACGAACAUCUGUGAUACCAUCAUUUGGAAAAGUUUUUCACCUUCAACUAUUAAUACCGGUCGCGGAGCGGAGUUUGAGGGUGCGAUCAUUGCGUUUUUCCAUUUAUUGGUUUCGCGCUCUGAUAAGGUACGGGCAUUGAAGGAAGCAUUUUAUCGCCCACAACUGCCUAACUUAACGAAUAUUUUUGCUACCCUUGUGGUGUUCGCUGUUGUGGUAUUCUUUCAGGGAUUUCGUGUACCACUCAUGACAAAGUCACGUCACGCUGGAGCAGAUCGUCAACCCUACAUGAUCAAACUCUUCUAUACCAGCAAUAUGCCAAUUAUUCUCCAGGCCAGUGUUGUUUCAAACAUCAACUUCUUUUCCCAAAUUCUCUCUCGUCGGUUUGGACAACACAACUUCUUGAUCAAUCUCCUUGGUCGUUGGGAGGAACGGGCGUACAGCCAGAGUGGACAGAUGUACCCUGUUGGGGGCCUUGCAUACUACCUCACACCCCCUGCUACCUUCUACGAGAUGUUGGGCGACCCCAUUCACGCCAUCUUCUACGUUGUGUUUAUUCUCUUUUCAUGUGCGAUCUUCUCUAAGCUGUGGGUGGCGAUCAGCCACACCGGACCGCGUGAUGUGGCGAAGCGGCUGGUGGCGGAGGGCCGAUGGUUGGCGCAGGCACGCGAGAGCGAGGAGGACAUGGCGCGGCUGCUGGAGAAGUACAUCCCUGUCGCUGCGAGUUUCGGUGGACUCUGUGUGGGUGCUCUCACGAUCUUUGCAGACUUCCUUGGCGCCAUUGGCAGCGGCACAGGUAUUCUUCUCGCGGUGACAAUGAUUAAUCAGUACUUUGAGAUUCUGCAGCAGGAGGGACAGGAACUCGGUUACGGUUUUCUCAAGCAGAAGCUCGCGUAG